AUGGCCCCGAGAACGCCCAGCCGCGAGGAGCAUUUCAGGACAGAGAGAUUGAAAGAAUGGCCAGAGCCCACGGAAGUUGAUUUAAUGGAGGAAUUAGCUAGAGAAGAUAUUGAUGAAGCUGUACACGCGAUAUUAUUUAGAGAAAAUUAUGUUGUGAAGGUUACAGUCCCACCAUUUUGUGACCCUCUGUUUAAAAGACAGCAAGCGUUGGAUAAAGAGAAGAGAGCCGUUCUUCAAUAUGAGACAGGAAAACACUAUACCUUAAAAGAAUUUCAAGAAAUGGAGAAGGCCAGGUUGGCUGCCAGAUUGCCCAAGUUCACGCUCACGCUGCACAGUGUGAGCCCAAAGGAGAGGCACAAGGCCUCGGAGAGGGUGGCAGGCCAGAGAGCUCACAGCAAGAAGCACAGUCCUGACAAGAUUAUGUGCACAGAAAAGAAAUACCUGCCCAAUAAAGAGAAACAAACUACCGACUUAAGUCAGUCUGCGUUUGAAAGGCAGUUUUAUUCCUCGAAGCUCAACCGAGGGAAUAAAAGGGACAAGAAGAAGGUUCUGGUGAGCAGAGAUCUGGGCUUCCUUGCUGGGGCUCACACUCAGGCUGCCAUGGCCGCCGCUCUGGAUUGUUUCUCCCGCGUCUCCUCUGAGCGUCCCGAAGCCUGA